AUGACUGAACAGCCCGGUGAAGUUGGUCACCUCAGGAUGCGAGCUUGCUUGCUGCUGGUGCUGUGCCUGUGGCAAUGGACACAGCAGACUCUGGCAAUGCCAUGCCAGGAUGGUGAACUGAGAAUAAUCGGUAAAGACCAAAAGAAAUGCUGCCCCAAAUGCAGCUCGAAAGCAGGAGACAACACCACAUGUCAAAAUACUGAGGACCACGACUGCAGAUGUCGUCAGGGGUACAGCUGUGUGGAUGAUUCAUGUCUCUACUGCCAAAAACUGCCUGAUUGCCAAGUGGGCGAGGAGCUGGUUAAGCUUGGCUAUUCGGACUUCAUAUUCAAGUGUAAACCAUGUGAGAUAGGAACCUACUCUAAUGUCAAGAAUGGCUGGUGCCGUAACUGGACUGAUUGUGAAGGUUCUGGGUUUCUAACCAUCAAGCAAGGCAACCGUACACAUAAUGCAGUAUGUGGUUUCCCUGCUAAAGAUUUGGAGCAAGUUCCAAUUACAAAUGACUCUGUGUAUACCACCAUCCUGGCCAUCCUCACCGCAGUGGCUGUGUUUGUCCUCAUCUUGCUGACCUUCUUCUUGCAUUUCUGCAUAUGGUCACUGAAGAGAGAAAAAUACCACAUGGCAGACAAUCUGGAACAUAACUUCCCUAGGCUGCCGGUUGCUCCACAACUGCCCCACCACCGAGAAGAGACCGACAGCUGCCAGUUUCCAGAAGAAGAACACGGGGACAAAACAGCAGAGGAAAAGCCUUGCUAUUUCCACCCUCCCAGUCUGCAUUGA